AUUUGUGGUAAGUCCAUGUCAGCCUAGACAAAAUCAAAAGCCCAUCGCUAACCGCUGCUGGUUAGCCAUGUUUGUUUAGUCGCUCAGCUGGCAGUCAGCCUGCUUCUCUGAUGUUUAGGGAAUCUCCCGCCAAAAAAUUAGUGUCAUCUACAGCGGAUAUCGAGUACGCGGCAAGUAAUAGAGGGAAGAAGCCCGUAAUCGACAGGUGUCGCUGUAGUGUUUGUUCGAUGUAGAGUGAGUAGUACCAAGGGUCGCCGUACGCAAUGGGAGUUACUGGCCUUCUUCCGCUUUUAAAGAAUGCUUCAAAGCCGGGCCACAUCAGCGACUUCAGGGGCUCGACAGCUGCGGUAGAUGGCUACUGCUGGUUGCAUCGAGGUGCCUUCAGCUGCGCCGAAAAACUUGUACUUGGCGAGAAAACCGAUAUGCACAUUCGGUUCUGCAUGAAGAUGAUUAGUGUUAUGCAAGCUAAUAAGGUAAGACCCGUGGUUGUGUUCGACGGCAAAAGUCUACCUUCGAAGGCUGAAACGAACAAAAAGCGGUCUGAGUCGAAAAGGGAGAAUCGCGCCAAAGCUCGAAUGCUGUUCGCUGAAGGCCGUUCUGCUGAAGCUAAAGAAGUUAUGCGACGCUGUGUUGAGAUCACCCCAGAGCUGGCCCACCAGUUUAUUGAAGAGCUACGUCGCCAGAAUAUCGACUACCUCGUUGCACCGUAUGAAGCUGACGCACAGCUGGCGUUUCUCAAUUUGAAUGGUUUUGUUGAUUUGGUAAUAUCUGAGGAUUCUGACUUAAUGCUUUUCGGUUGUGACAAAGUAUUCUAUAAAAUGGAUGCUAACGGGUACGGUACACUGGUAGAGAAAUCAAAGAUUCCUAAUUGCCUUGGGCCGCGUGCUUCAACCUUUUUCACGCAUGACAAAUUUCGAUGGGCAUGUAUCCUUUCAGGCUGUGAUUAUCUGGAUAGUCUGCCUGGAAUAGGACUAAAAAAGGCUCUUAAAUUCUUGAAGCCAACGUCUAACACUGAUUUGCAAACUUUGCUAAAAAAGAUGCCGGUUUAUUUAAAAAUGCCAUCACUCACUGUUACGCAAGACUAUAUCGAUGGUUUUAUCAAAGCAGACAAUACAUUUUUAUACCAAGUUGUUUUUUGUCCCGAAACGAAAAAAUUACGUCCUCUUAACCCGUAUCCCGAUGGAGUGACGGGUGACGAUAUGCCUUACGCGGGCGUCUACUUUGAUCCGAAAUUAGUCGUCGACAUAGCCUUGGCCAACCUUCACAUACUUCAUCACCACUGCAUGGGAGAUCGGUAUGUGCCGAAAGGCGAAAUUAUUGUCCGUAGAACAAAACUGGCGAAUUGCUCGACGAUCAUCGGUGGUUUCGCCUUUGAAAAGACGACGAAAAAAAAUGCUGGAAGCGUCAUAACUAACCAGAUCGAUGAAGAAAUUGCUAAGGUAAAAGAGAAGGAGCUCGUAGCUGAAGUGAUGCACCUUUACGGUGAACCAAACACAGAUGCCGCAGCCAGCAACGAUAAGACGAAAGGGAUCGUUACAGGCUCGAACGCAACUAUUGCUGGACCCCGUUCUCUCCUCAAAGAUCUUGAAGACGAAAAAGGAAAACGAAGUGCAAACAUAUUCAGAAAAGUCGAGUCGAAGGAAAAAACGGAAUCGAUCGAAAAAAUAGACAGGAUAGUAAGCCGCUUUUUUGUCAGCAACAUGGCUCCACAUACCCAAGUGGUUGCUGUCAAACGAAAAGCGGGAAUUUUCGAAAAGCAAGAAAAUUCAUCUGUAGUGAAAAGACAGAUAACACUCAAAGAACUUCUAAAAUGAAAUAUUGUUGUACUAAUAUGUGGAU